AUGGGUUCGAUCCUUCUUCAUCAUAUCUCUGAGCUUGAAUAUAAUUUUCGAGUACAUGUUCAUGCAUUUCUGCGAAAACUUCAACAGCAGCUGGGUUUGCAGGUAUAUCAUUGGUGUUCGCAUCAUAUCUUGGUACAAAUAGGCUACUUUCCCACAGGCCAUUAGUCAACUUGUUGUUGUUUUUGGUUAUCAAAUGGGAUGUUGUGGAAUCGCAAGAUGUUAACAGUGUAUUACAGACUUUGAUCAGUAUAUCAAUCAAUACCAAACUUGCAAUUCCAUGUAAAAUAAGUGUGUUUUGUUUCUUGGCAUACCAAGUAAUUGUUGCACUACUGCAGCAAGUAAACUUCUUCGAAUUUCCACCCGGCGAAGACCAUUUCCCUUGCAGGGGCGGAUCUAGGGGUGAUCAGAGCGAUCACGCGACUAAGGUAAAAAUUGGCCAGAAAAAUGGAAAAUUGUUAAAUUAAAAUAGCAGUCCAGUUAUCAAACUUCGCGCAGUGUAAUGUAUUCAAAGUUUAACAGUCCAGUUUUGAAAUAUCAUUCAGUAGCAAGGCCUUCGAACAUGAACGCGCAGAAAAGCGGUCUUACGCAUGAGUUUUGCACGCUUUGAGUAGAUUCCAGCCAUCUGAUUGGCUAUCUCGAUUUUUGCGCGAUCUGUGGGGAGUUCUGAUCGCCAAAGCGAUCAGGGGCUCGAAUAGAGGCUAUCCGAUUGGCUAAUUCAAAACAAUCCUGAAUUCCCAUUGGCUGGAUUUUUUUGAUCGAUCAUACCGUUCAGGCUUCAUUAGUGCACGGAAAGGUCUAUGACGUUUCUGGCCCUUUCUGAUCGCUACUUUGUGCUUGACCGCAAAUUAUUAAAGUUCAAUGGGAAGAUUUACUAUCAGAAAUUCUGAACUAAUACCAGCCAUGUCUGUUAGUAUUUACGAAACUGUAAAGGCUGCUUUAGAGAAUGACGAUCGACAAAAUGUCAAAGAUAUUGAAGCUGAUUUAAACAAGCGAUAACGGUGUACCGAAGUUUUCUAUUAAAGAUUUAUUGAGCGUUGUGAAUAACAUAAGCAGCCUUCCUCGCACGAAAUUUUGGUUCGGAAUCUUACAUCCUGAAGUACGUUCGAGAGAAGACAAAAAUCUUUUGUACGGCCUUAACUUAAGAUGUAUAUAUUCUAUUUUAACUAGAUAUAGCAUUAUAACAUGUUGUAUACUGUGGUGGAUUGUGGUCUGUACGCAUAUACAUGCUAUAAUAUCGGCGGGUACGCGUAUAAGACGUAUAAUAAUACGAGACGAAAUUUACAUAAUAUUUCCGUCAAUUUAUAUAAAUAUUGCGGCUUAAUACAGGCAGUUUCAGUGUGUUUAUACCUUGUUUAUGCUUCUUGUGACAUGUAGCUAUAGACUUUAUAUAUUAAUCAGGGGCCGAUUUUAUAAAAAAGUGAUUAAAGUUAACUAUAGUUAGUGGAAACGUCAUCCAAUAAAAAGCGCGUAUUUGAGAGUUAAUCACUAUUUAACUACAAAAUAGUGAUUAAAAAAGUGAUUAAGAGUUUUAAACAACGGCCCCUGGUUAUUUCAGCAGCGAACGAAAAAGAGUUAACUACUUUUUAACUGCAGUUAGCGCUAACUACGUUUUUAUACAACCGGCCCCAGAUCGCUACUUAAUAACACUGUUUAUACCUAUUUUAUAUUUUAAACUACAAGAACACGACAAUGUAGCAUGGCCUUGUGUAAUACGAUCUCUACAACAUGUACACAACAAGUAAAAUGGAUCAUGUUGCCAUUGUGAAUACUUAUUUAUGGCGCAUGUUUCUGCUACGAAUGAAACUCGAGGAGCAGUGAAUUAAACGUGGAAAUUCUCUUCCUGCUUAAUCAAUCAAAUGUUUAAACUGCAUCACUAUAUUGCAUUUUUUUUUUACCAUCCAUGUCAAAGGAAAAAAUAUGCGAUUAAAUAACAAUUUUUAAAACGUCAAGUCAUCCUUGUCAAUCUAUUUCUCGAUGAGAAUUGGAUAUCUGUUUGACAUUCGGCGAAAAAGCAAUUUUUUAAGUUACAUUUUUUCGUAAACAGAACACAUAUAAAAAUAUUAAUUUGCUUGGCAACACCCCCCCCCUCCGACACCCCGUCAAAAGUACCCCUCCGCCAGUCAAAAGUACCCCCCUCCCCCAAUGUUCAGCAACGAAAUUUUUGACUAACGUACGAAAAAUCCUAGAUCCGCCCCUGUUCCCUUGCAGCUUGAUAGCGCUUUCGACAAAUUCUUUUAGCAUAUCGAAGCUGCCACUCCAUCUAAUACGUGUACCAUCGUAGCUCAAGUUUGUACAGGUUGGGUAUUCUUGAAUUUCUUUGACAUCCCAUUGUUUUGAAUAAAUAUUAACGCUUUUUGUAGAGCUAACAUAAUUAGAACUGACCGCCAUAUUGGAUUACAACUGACCGCCAAUUGGGGUGUGUAUAUUCAUAUAUUCAUGUUCACAUACCGUAAAAACAAUGACAUUCAAAGGAAAUCAGUCGGGCAGAACACGAAUAUAUGACUAUACUCCGCCCCAAUUAUCGGUCUAGCUACGGCCCUGAUAGCUCCACAUCUAAUAAUAGUGAAUAAUACCUAAUUCUGAAAGUGGAUAUCUAACAAAACUUUGAAAUCCGUUCACUUUGGCGAUUUAUGUCGCCAUUUCUGAUUUAAAUGCAUAUUUCUUAAUUUGCGAAAUAAAUAUUUAUCCACCCAGCUAACACCACUGAAGUGUUUUUGGUUUAACGUUAGUCUAAAUGAAAACAGGGGGGGGGGAGGAAAUCGCUGCAUUUUCAAAUAAGUUUCUCUUAGUUUCCCCUCCAUUCUCGCAUUCCCUUCCUAUCCCUUUUCCUACUUCUCAUUCUCCAUCUUUCGUCGCCUCCGGUAUCUUCCCAUUUUCAUCCAUCUCUUCUCUUUGUUUUGCCAUGCUAUACGCACCAUUCCCUUACCUUACUGUUUGUUCAUUAGCCUGAUUAAUAAUUGAUUGCUAUUAUUUUGAUACGUUUUAGGCUUAUUUUUGCUCAGAAAUAAUACCUGCGUUGAAUACUGCCCCGAAGGCACGUUCUACAACGAGCUAACAAAGUUUUGCGAUCCAUGCGACAGUAACUGCAGAGCGUGCUCUGCAGGGAAGGACCAUUGUACCGCUUGUCCUCCUGGACUAUUUUUGAGUGGCAUCCCAGGUGCACAGAAAAUUACAACUUGCCUAUUAAGAUGUUCUGGUGAGCAGCACAAGAUACUGCGAGACCCCGGUAUCCGAAUAAAUCGUAUAAGUUAUUCCAUUGGUCGUGUGGAACUUUGGCAAGAUCGAGAAGGGAGAUUGACAACAGUUUGCCCAUAUAACUGGGUCAUCAAACAGGCGGCCGUUAUAUGUCGUCAGCUUGGUUAUGGUGAUCCAGUGAAAGCUUACACACAAUAUUACGAUUCCAACUCCUCACUAGGCAAAUUCUCCAUAACAGUGCAAUGCAAUGGAACAGAACUCUCUGAAUGUGACCUCGCUAAAG